UAUGUAGCUCGCUAGCGAGUUAAAACAAAACAUAAUAUUCUUUGGAAAAUAAUUCUUAUGUUAUAAUCUUACUAUUUGUUGCAAUUGGAAAGUAAAAUAUAAACAAUUGAUAAUUAUUAUCUUUUAACGUAAUAAAGUAAUAGUUUGUGUUUUACAUUUAUUAUUUAAAUUCCGUAAUUCACUGUUUUAUUUGAAUUAUUCCUGUAACAAAUAUAAAUAUUAUAUUAAAUACUUGCAAAUAAUGGUCUACCUACACUUUCCCUCCAAUUUAACUGAAGAAGAGUUAAUGUUACAAGCUAAAUAUCAAAAAUUAAAAAAAAAGAAGAAGGCAGUACAUGCAUUAAAAGCACCGAAGCAGGAACCUGAAAAACCUGUAUUACCUAAAAGACCAACAGAAGCUAGAGAUGCUCGUGAAAUAGCUCGUAAAUUAAUAAAAAGUGGUGCAAUUCCUGCUAUAAAAAGCCCACCUCCUCAACCUCAAAAUGCAACAUUCAAAAGACCUCGUGCAGGAAGGGAGCGAAAGCUAAGUGGUUCCACUGGAACCACAGGUGGUGUGGCUUCUUACCAACCCUUCAGUGCUUCUCAGGAACCACCUCCACCUGAAGAGAAACCAAGUCCUAGAGUUAAAUAUCUUUAUGAUUCCUUUGUAACAGCUAGAGAUAAAGAAGAGAAAGUUCCUCGAGCACCAGGUACUGCAAAUGCAGGGAGUGAUGCCCCUGCCACUGUAAAUAAAACAAAUUCAUUGCAAUUAAUUGGACCAAAUUUAACUGAAGAAUCAGUCCGUCGGCGUUUAGCUUCAUUUGAACCAUUUUCAUUCACUCAUGAACCUGAUGAAGACAUGGUAUAUCUGUCUUUUGACACAAUUGAAAUAGCAACUCAGGCUCACACAUCCCUGGAGGGCUGCGAAGAAGGUUGGAGAGCAACAUUUGCCAAGAGAAUUUCUCCACAGAAAGGAACUUGGACACCAUCUGGACCACGUAAUCCUCCACCUCCCAAAGAUGCGAAAAGGAAUAUUGUUACUUAUGAUGACAUAUUUGAUUAAACAAUGAAAUGCA